CUGCUUCCCGCCACCAGGGCUGGGCGGGGCGCUGCGGGGAGGAGGAGCGGGGCACAACCUGUGGACGGCCGCGGCCGGCGGACUGACAGCAGCGGGGCCCGGCCGGGGGUCGCCGGUGGGCCCGGAAGCCGGGGGAGACCGAGGAAACCAACUUGGAGAGAGGAGUGACCUGGGGGCCGGGGGCGGAGUCGUGAGCGGGGGAGGAGAGAGCCGGCCGCCAGCGAGAGUCGCGCGGCGGCCCAGGAAGCGAGAGCGCCGCCCACCCAUCCGGGGCGAGAGUUGCGCCGCAGGAGAGACAGGCUGGGCCGGGGGCUGCCCGGGCCCGCGACCCCCGCCGUGACCCCGCAGCCCCCAGCCCGCCCCCAAGAUGAUGAAGAGGCAGCUGCACCGCAUGCGGCAGCUGGCCCAGACGGGCAGCUUGGGACGCACCCCGGAGACCGCUGAGUUCCUGGGUGAGGACCUGCUGCAGGUGGAACAGCGGCUGGAGCCGGCCAAGCGAGCAGCCCACAACGUCCACAAGCGGCUGCAGGCCUGUCUGCAGGGCCAGAGUGGGGCAGACAUGGACAAGCGGGUGAAGAAGCUUCCCCUCAUGGCUCUGUCCACCACGAUGGCCGAGAGCUUCAAGGAGCUGGACCCUGAUUCCAGCAUGGGGAAGGCCCUGGAGAUGAGCUGUGCCAUCCAGAACCAGCUGGCCCGCAUCCUGGCCGAGUUUGAGAUGACCCUGGAGAGGGACGUCUUGCAGCCACUCAGCAGGCUGAGUGAGGAGGAGCUGCCAGCCAUCCUCAAGCACAAGAAAAGCCUCCAGAAGCUCGUGUCCGACUGGAACACACUCAAGAGCAGGCUCAGUCAGGCAACCAAGAAUUCAGGCAGCAGUCAAGGCCUGGGAGGCGGCCCGGGCAGUCACAGCCACACGACUAUGGCCAACAAGGUGGAGUCGCUGAAGGAGGAGGAGGAGGAGCUGAAGAGGAAGGUGGAGCAAUGCAGGGACGAGUACUUGGCUGACCUGUACCACUUUGUUACCAAGGAGGACUCCUAUGCCAACUAUUUCAUUCAUCUCCUGGAGAUUCAAGCCGAUUACCAUCGCAGGUCACUGAGCUCUCUGGACACAGCCCUGGCUGAGCUGAGGGAGAACCACGGCCAAGCAGGUGGGGACAUAGGCCCGGCGAUACCACACCUUCUCGCCCAGACUCUCGCCCCCAUUGGCCGCAGGCCACGCCUUCGCCCCGCCCCCGGUCCUUCCAGCGCGCCAAUUGGCGGCUGCGGGGAACGUGCCAGGACGAGCGCGCCGUGCCCGCGGAGAGAGCGCGGCGCGGGAGGCCGGCGGUCAGCUGGCUGCAUGGCGCGCUGCGAGAGGCUUCGCGGAGCGGCCCUGCGCGAAGUGCUGGGCCGGGCGCAGGGGGUCCUGUUCGACUGUGACGGGGUGCUGUGGAACGGCGAGCGCGCCGUGCCGGGCGCCCCGGAGCUGCUGGAGCGGCUAGCGCGGGCCGGCAAGGCGGCUCUGUUUGUGAGCAACAACAGCCGGCGCGCGCGGCCCGAGCUGGUCCUCCGCUUCGCGCGCCUCGGCUUUGGGGGGCUGCGCGCCGAGCAGCUCUUCAGCUCCGCGGUGUGCGCCGCGCGCCUGCUGCGCCAGCGCCUGCCCGGGCCUCCGGGCGCGCCGGGCGCCGUGUUCGUGCUGGGCGGCGAGGGGCUGCGCGCCGAGCUGCGCGCUGCGGGGCUGCGCCUGGCUGGGGAUCCGGGUGACGACCCGAGCGCGGGGGACGGCGCGGCCCCGCGCGUGCGCGCCGUGCUCGUGGGCUACGACGAGCACUUCUCCUUCGCCAAGCUGAGCGAGGCGUGCGCACACCUGCGCGACCCUGAGUGCCUGCUCGUGGCCACCGACCGUGACCCAUGGCACCCGCUGAGCGAUGGCAGUCGGACCCCUGGCACCGGGAGCCUGGCCGCUGCGGUGGAGACGGCCUCGGGACGCCAGGCCCUGGUGGUGGGCAAGCCCAGCCCCUACAUGUUCGAGUGCAUCACAGAGAACUUCAGCAUCGACCCCGCACACACACUUAUGGUGGGUGACCGCCUGGAGACCGACAUCCUGUUCGGCCACCGCUGCGGCAUGACCACCGUGCUCACACUCACAGGAGUCUCCCGCCUAGAAGAGGCCCAGGCCUACCUGGCGGCUGGCCAGCACGAUCUCGUGCCGCAUUACUAUGUGGAGAGCAUCGCAGACUUGACAGAGGGGUUGGAGGACUGAGCCCACUGCACCUGCAGCCACAGGCCCACCCCUCCCCACUCCCUGAUCCUGUAGGUGGGGGCGAUGGGUCACGAGCCGUGUUACACACCACCGGCUCCUUGGCCCAGUUCUGCACCGGGGUGAGGCUGGGACCUGAGGAAGGUUUGAGGGCCCUUGCAACCCCCUCCCAGCAGUGGCUGGGCACUCUUUGCUGCCCCAGAAGCUGGUCCCGACCUACAGAUUCAUCUUGGCCUGACCCAGCCAGGUGGACUUAUUUCCUGCCCUGUCACCUCCCCUCCUUGAAAUCUGGGCCCUGGUGCCCGCUGAAGAUUUCCUCUAGCCCUGAGCACUUAGUCUUCUCCCCCUUCUCUGGGUCUUCUAGAGCUCUCUCUGCCCCUCAGGUCCUGGCCCUUGGGUCCUUGUCAACCAGAGGUCUAGGGAACCACAACCCUUAUUUUCCUGAGUGCCGGCAAAGGCUAAGUGCCAGUGACCUCAUCGAUGUUGGGUCCUGUGGGGUACCAGUCUAGGUUCCUAAGUAACAGUGACCCUUUUUGUCCUGGAGCCCGAGUGGACCAAUCGGAAGCCUAAGUGAUGAUGACCCUCGCAUGUCCUAGGUCCCUGAGUGGACCCAUCAGGACCCCAAGUGAUAGUGACCCAGUGGUCUUUUAGAUCCUCAGUAGAACAAUCCAGAAGCCUAAGAGACAGUGGCCCCUUGAUAAUCUGGGUCUCACAGGACCAGCCAGGGGUCCAGGUUUCAGUCCGUAAAUAACAGUGGUCCAUGUCCUGAAGACGCCCCUCCUCUACAAAGACUGUGAUGCUCUGGGGCUUCUGUGGCCAAGCCCCACCCUUUCCUGGUCAUGGUACCCGUACAGUGUUGAUGGCCACAGCUCGAAGGGGGGCUUUCAUGUCUCCCUGUGCAGUCAGUGUUUGCAGUACCACCUCUCUCCCGUGCCCACUCUCAGGCUAUUUAUUUAAUUUAUGUGUGCCAGUGACGGUGGGUGGGGGCUGGGCCUUCCCCGCCAUCUCCACCCCUGUUGUGACCUGUCCUUCCGUACUUAAUAAAGUGCGCGUGGGAGUCUU